AUCGUAUUCCAAGUCUAUCAUAUACAAUAAUAUAAUGUACAAUUGUAAGGGAGUCUGGAGGGGUCGGAUCGUGUUCAAAUGGAGAACAAAUUACCAAAGAUCGUCAUCUACUUUAGAAUUUGUAACAGUAGUUACAGGAUCAUACAUUCCCGUCAACUUCCAAAAGUUGACCGGUCAUUUUAAACAAUACGAAUACAACAGUAUGAAAAUGAACAUUCUCUGUUUUCACAAUAAUUUUCAACUCAACAUUCGUGUUCAUUCAGAAAACGCAUCUCAAAUGGGUAAUAUAUUGUGCACUAAGAAAGAGCUACUUAAUGCAAAAGUGAAAAACUGAACGGAGGAUGAUGCAUGAACCCAUCGUAGACAUUAGACGAACUAAAGAUCCAUUUCCAUAAGAGGGCAAAGUGUAGGCGGUGAUAGCGGUGAUGGCGGCGAUGGCGAUAAUGGUAGGGACAACGACGCGCGAUGAGAAUCAGUUCCCCGACAGAGAAUUGCGGAUGAUCUUCAUCGCAAUGUCCAUUAAUUUCUCACUAGGUGGCGACUGUAUACGACAGUCACCGGGAUCAGGUUGAUCGGACGACUUGUGCUAAGUUUUAUCGUUUACCACAUGUUGAUUAAUUAAAUGAAAAUACAAUAUUGUUGCCAAAAUCAUUGUCCAGGGCUACCACCGUUCAUUUCUAAAAUCCGUCGCCGUGAAAUUCCACAAAGGAAACGAGAAGGCCCGCAACAAACCGGCGGCAGAAAUCCACCAACCAGUGGCGAAGAGUCCUCGUCUGCUGGCAGAAUGAAUAGCAAAAGAAAGAACCGUUCCAAUACUAAUAGGUCUCCACGUGCUCGUGGUCCGCAAGAAAGAUGUGUUGCUGCAGAAGGUGUAUAUAACAAUGCUCAUUUUAUGCAUGCGAUAACCAGUCACGUGGGCAACAUUGUACAGAUUCAAACGCUGAAUGGUUCUGUAUACGAAGGUAUUUUUCGCACGUUCUCCAGCCAAUUCGACGUUGUCUUAGAAAUGGCUCAUCGAGUAGAAAGUUCAGGAAAAAUAAGCGUGGAGAGUGUAGUAGAAAAAUUGAUUUUUAAACCGCAAGAUAUUAUUACUAUGUCCGCCAAGGAUGUUGAUCUAGAUUAUGCUAUACGCGAUACUUUUCAAACGGACACUGCAAUUAGUAAAUACAAUGGUGUGAUUGGCGAAAAAGAGUUGGAGCCUUGGGACGCUCCUCCGGCUACUAUGAAUGGAGAUGAUUUAGAAUUGGAUGGUACAACUAAUGGUUGGGACGCCAAUGAUAUGUUUCGUAAAAAUGAACAAAAAUAUGGUGUCCAAACAACUUAUGAACCAACUUUGGCUGCUUACACUUUACCGCUUCAAAGAAAAGAUACAAAAGAUUACAAAGAACAGGAACAAAAAGCUGCAGAAAUAGCAAAUGAAAUAGAAUCGCAACCAAAUCACAAAGUGAGACUAGAACUCGAAAAUGGCGACGAAGAGGAAAGAUUCGCAGCUGUGGUAAGGCCCAAUGAGGGUAAAUAUAUUCCACCACCACUUAAGAAGAAAAACGGAAAUAGUGGGAAAAUGAUGAGAUCUAAUGAACCUCCACCCUCGCCAGGGCCUGCGACAACCAAUAAAAACGUUUUUAAUCAGCAACCUCCGUCCAAUGUAAACGUAAACAUUCCCCCAUCUUCUAACCUUCCUAUUGGAAUGCAAAACACUCAUCCCUCCGUACAACAUCCAGUUUCUUUAAAUAUGGGAAUGCCACCCAGUGGAGUAGUAGUUACAUAUAAUAAUCCUCCACCACCAUUUGUACCUGCAUCGACAACGCAACCACCACCACCACCAGUACCUGUGAUGCAGCAAACGCAACAGCAAUCUCAAGUUACUCCUUCAAUACCACAAGUGAGCUUUCCAUCGCAACAACAACAACAACAACAACAACAACAGUCGUCGACAUCUAAGAUAAGUGCAGAGAAACGGGAGCGUCCUGGCAGACAGCAAGUGUAUCAAGCAGACAAAGCACCACCAGCACCGUUUCCUCAAGCGAAUGUUAAUACAUCUCAUCAACAACAGCAACAACAACAACAACAACAACAAUCGUCACAUCAACAACAUGGUCACUUACAGCAGCAAAAUUCCGUUGAAGGACAACGAUGCGAGAUGGUUCCACAUAAAUCUGAUCAUAGAAAGGUGCCAACGCCCCGCAGCAGAGAGGAACAACAUUCGGAACUACGACAAUUUGCGUCGGAUUUCAAAUUAGCAGAUACACAAGCACAAGAUGCACCACCAGUAACAAGAAAACAACAGCACCAACAUCAACAGGAGUCUCAUUCUACGUCACAAAUUAAUCAAAUACAUCAUCAACACGCAACAUCGCAGCAGCAGCAACAACAACAACAACAACAUCCAAGCCCGCAACAACAGCAACAUCAAAAUCAAACAGUUCAAGAAGAAACUGUAGCUACCAGUAAACCACUACCGGGACCGUUACCUGUAAGACCUACGAGUCCACCUCAAGCAUCGCAACAACAACAGCAACAAACACCGGCAAUCACACCAACUGCAACACAAGCUCCACAAGAACCUGCUGUCGACAAGAUUACAACAGCUUUUAAAAAGUCAACAUUGAAUCCAAAUGCUAAAGAAUUUAAUCCAAAUACUAAGCCUUUCACACCGCGAUCUCCAAGUACACCAACACCCAGUCGACCGCAUACGCCACAAACGCCACAGUAUACUGGAGCAACGAUGCCUGCGACUGUAGUUAUGCCGGCAUACGUUAUGACCAGCCAACCACCAACUGCGUUCAGUCAACCACCGGCACAACCCGUGACAAGGUUCCGGAAGGGUCAGUAUCUAGUGCCAGUGAUGCAUGCGCAACAUCGCGCACAAGAUAUAGCUUCUCAGAUGCAAGUGGUAGCGGCAACUGGGCAGCCUUUAAUGGCACCAGCUCCACUGCAUCCACCAUUCCAGGUACCUUAUCCUGGUCAACCGACUUAUCAACAGAUGGUACGCAUGGUUCAGGCACCACCACCACCGCCACAUAUGGCUUCACCUUACCACCAUCAUGAUUCGCCAGGACCCCAGGCCCCUGGCAUUCCGUACAUGGGUCCACAUACGCAUCCUCAUCCACACGUUGCUCAACAACCACCGAGUCAAACUCCCUCUCCAGCUAAUCCUAAUCCACCACACACGCCAGGCACUUACAACCCACCUGGUACCCCACAACCCACAUAUCCUCCACCACCUCCCCAAGGUCAUGCUCCAAGUUAUCCAAUAAUGUGUCCUAUAAUUCCUCCUCAUAUACCGAUACCGCCGCAGCAUAUGCCAUACCUACCGCCGCAACCACCUCCUGGAGCACAACAAACUAUACCAGUGAUUUUGCCGCACAACCAGUAGUUGCGAUUAAAAAUGGAUGAAGAAAGACAGAAAACUACUAGUAUUCUGCAGAAAUAGACUAAGGUUUACAAAUUCAAGUUACUUUCAUGAUGGCAUUAGGCACUCGAAGGAGCUUUCACUUAUUGCUUGCAAUAUUAUAUCAAUACACAUCUAUAAGCAGCUGUGACGUUUCAUUUUGUUAUCUUAACAUCUGCAUACUGUUUUUAUUCUUCAUAAUUGUAAUGUCAGUCCAAA